UAUACGAACAGUGUGUCUUACUGUUUAUUUGUUGUUAAGCAUAAAGAUUAUACCAUUUUUUGUAAUCGACCGUGCACGCGUAUAUUUAGUGAAAAUUAGUUUUCGUUGUAUUGUGAACGAAUUACUCAAUUAAAAUGUCAAAUGAAAAGCAGAAAAAAAGUCUGCCAUUUUUCGUGAAUUUUACAAUAGCUGGAUUGUCUGGGAUGGGAGCUGCGGUAUUUGUCCAUCCAUUAGAAGUGCUUAAAUUUCGUAUGCAGCUAAGUGGUGAAAAAGGCACGACUUCGGAUCACAAAAACUCGUUUGAUGCAAUCAUAAAUAUGGCAAAAAAAGAAAAACUAUCGGGAUUUUAUAAAGGAAUUUCUGCAAACUUUAUUAGACAACUUGUUUUUACGUCAACACGGGUAGGCACCUAUGCCACACUUAUGGAUGAAAUUAAAAAGCGAGGGCAUAACAGCGUAUUAAAUAGCGCACUAGCAAGCACGUCUACCGGAGCAUUAGCUGCGUUCAUUUCCACGCCGACCGAUAUUGCGGUAGUCCGUAUGACGGCCGACGGACGAUUGCCAGAAGAAAGCCGGCGCAACUACAAACAUGUGUUCGACGCAUUGUGGAAAAUCCGAAAGGACGAAGGCGUAACGGGGCUUUGGAGAGGGACGAUGGCUUCCGUGUACAGGGCGAUGACGGCCAACAUGACCCAGUUGAUGUCCUAUGACACGGCCAAAGUGUACAUGAUGGAAAAUUAUGAUAUGAAGGAUGGUUUAAAGCUCCACACUGCAUCAAGCAUGGUUUCUGGAAUUGUAUAUUCCGUCUGUUCGAAUCCAAUGGACGUGUUAAAGACUAGAAUACAACAACAGAAAAUAGUAAACGGAAAACCAGAAUAUUCAGGCAUAAUAGAAGUGGCGUCGAUUUUGAUGAAAACCGAGGGAGUGACAGCUUUAUGGAAAGGCUGGCCUUUUUAUUAUUUAAGAGUUGCUCCAGGUACUAUCUUGUUAUUUAUUUUCAUGGAACAGCUUAAAAAAGGAUAUGAAGAAAAUUUUAUGAAAGACCCGUAAUCAACAAUUAACUUUACUAUUGACGCAUUGGUUUUUGAUCAAUUACGAUUGUAAUUUGACCUACCUUAACUAUAAUUAUACAGUACCUAUACGCAUUUAUACAUAUUUUAUGUUAUUAUAAUUAUAUUACUGACUAAGUUAAAA